GAUAAUUAACUAAACACACUCUUUAAUUUCCAUUGGAAGUAAUUUCAACCAAAGAAAUGGCCCCAGUAAAGCAUGUGUAACACUUCUGUGACUCAGUGACACUCAGCUACAAGUUCUGUUAAUCCACCCAGUCAAAACUAAUACAGUCCAAAACAAAACCCUCGUGAUAAAUCCCACCUUUAUGAAGGUUGUGAUGUUCAGUUUUCUUGAAACCGUUUGAAAUGUAGUUGUAUUGAGUUAAACAGAAAUUUUAGAAACACUCCUCAGUAUUUUGUACUUUAAACACACUGCAUAUACAUUAACUUCUCCUUCUGUUUAGCUUAAUACAGAUGCUACUCACUUUUCCAGCCAAUCAGUUAGCUUGAUCAACUUGUAUCAUUGUUCAGAGUCAAAGUAAAAAGCCAGUGUUAGUGGACAUAGCUAUCUGGUUACUUCAGGGUUACCUUGGCAGUGUUAUGACUCUUAAAAAAAGAAAGAAAGAAAAAGAUGCACAGCAGCAAACAGUGAAACCUAGUUAGGUUUCCAUAGGCAACAAGAGCUAGCAAACGUUAGCUAUUUGUUGUACGCUAAAAGGUGAGGGGGCAGGGAGUGCUUUAAUGGAACUUGACUUAAUAAAAUAAAAUCAGAUGUUUGAAAAAGAACAUUUUAAUGGGAAAAAAAAUGAUUAAAUUAAAAUGAACUCUGAUGAUACUCCAUAAAAGAGUUCCUCACUGAUCAUUGUUAGCUGUUUUGCUCAUACUGUGGAGUCUGCCCAUUCAAAACAUCUUUAUUUGGUGUUGUGUAGGUACUUUAUCAAAAGCCUAUUCCUUUAUCUUCUUUGAACUGCAGUUUAUGUCAGUAUUUCCAUUUUAUUCCCGUUUAUCAACAUUUUAAAACGCCUAUUCACAAAUCUUACUAAACAUGUAUAAUGCAAAUAAAAGUUAUUAUUCCUGUGAUUGCUAUUUUGACUGCAUAAUUCCUGCCCCCAGCAGCGUCAAGGCUGCAGCUGCAGCAAAACUAAAAAACAAAGGCUAUUUCCCUGAGGAAAACACCCCACUCUUUAAGUUAGCAAUAAAUCUGGCACUUGUGUGUGUGUGUAUUUGAGCGUGUAAAUGUACUCAGUGUCCUCAAGUCCAUAGCUUCCAGAGCUGUCAAACGUUGCUUGGCCCAGCCACAUCCGUAACCCGUGACCUCUGUAACUCCUGUUUUGUUCUCAGCACUCCAGGCCCCUCAGAUAUCCCUCUGCUGGAAACCCCCCACCACCACCAUCGCUCCCAGAUGACAGACUCCCCUCUCUUGUCCGUUCCUCCACACUAUCCCAGUAGCCUUUGACCUCCCCAGCACCUCUGCCUCUCUGCGUGGCUGCCCCUCGCAUUCCAGUAAAGGCGCUGAAACCUGAGCCCCCGGUGAGCUCAUCGCCGGGCCACGGAAUCAAGAGUUAAAUGAUACCAAAAAACAGAGAGAGGAGAGAGAACGGGAGACAGAAGGGGGAGAGGCAGCCGUUGGUGCAGGACAGGUCUGGAACUGGUUCUGUGUGUGUGUGUGUGUGUGUGUCUGCUUGCCGGGGCUCCUCGGGGGUUAAGUUACACCAGAGAAAGCGAGGAGGAAAAAGGAAGAAGAAACUGCUGGCGUCUUUGAAUUCUCUCCUCUUUUUGUUUGUGUCUCUGGCUGUCUCUCGGCAGCCUGACUGACUGGUGCCUGCAGUUUCCUCUUGACACACUCCAGCGAGCCCGCCGACCUCCAUCCGCGCUUUCAAGUUAACGAGCCCCGUCGGUCUCGUCCUCGUGUCUGAGAGCCGGGCUGGGAUGUGAGUGUAAUGCAGUGAGGUCGCGCUCUCCACUCUCUCUGAGUCUCUGAUCUUCUCUGACCCUGCCAUGACCACCAAGUGUCCAAAGACGGUCUCUGGAUCCAAAUGUCACCCCCCUUGGACUCUGCCCCGGUCGGGGACCAGCAGUGUGUGACGGACAGGCGAGUGGAGCCUGUGGUGGCUCUGUACUGCGUGGCUUCAAAUUGGCCCUGGCUGAGCUCUGCAUGGAGCAACGAGUGAAGAGUCCUGCUAUGGUCUGAUGUCUCAGCAUGGAUGGAGUCAGUCAGAGGACUGGCCACCACUAAUGAGACCAUCGCUCUUCAGCUGAGGACUAGCAUUUACAGGAUUACUCCCACGGUUUCCUGCUCUUUUCCCAGUUAACUGCAUCAUUACUUAACUCUCCUAGGUGGACUUUUCGUGAGUCUAGUUUUUGGUGGAUAUAUACGUCAUUGCCUGAUCUUCAUAUUUGUUUUUUUUCCCCUCCCAGUUCUUUUUAUUGUUGGUUUUUAUUUUUCCCUGUUGCUUUUCCACUAUGGAGUUUUUGGCUGGACCCUGGAAUAAAGAUUGGGCUUCGUUCUUGCAGUUUUGGUUGACUGUCAUCCUAAGCCUCCAAAUGCAGUUCAGCCCGGGUGCCUCCUGCCCGGAAGAGUGUCGUUGUGACAAAUUGUUUGUGUACUGCAAUGAACGCAGCCUGACAUCAGUGCCUCUGGGGAUACAGGAGGGCUACAAGGUCCUCUACCUGCAUAACAACCAGAUCAACAGUGCUGGCUUCCCUGUGGAACUGCACAAUCUGGCCUCUGUGGAGACUGUAUAUCUAUAUGGCAACCAGCUGGACGAGUUCCCUGUCAAUCUGCCCAAAAACACCAGGGUCUUGCAUCUCCAGGAGAACAACAUCCAAACAAUUUCCAGGGCAGCCCUGGCCCAGCUGACUCAAUUAGAGGAGCUGCACCUUGAUGAUAAUUCCAUCUCCACAGUGGGGGUGGAAGAAGGGGCCUUUAGGGAGGCAGUAAGCCUCAAACUCCUCUUCCUCACCAAGAACCACUUAAGCAGCGUUCCCAUUGGCCUUCCUGAGGACCUGAAGGAACUGCGGUUGGAUGAAAACCGCAUUGCUAUAAUUGCAGAGGAGGCCUUUCAGAAUGUGACACGCCUGCAGCGCCUCCUGCUGGACGGGAACCUGCUGACGGAUGAGGGCAUUGCACCAGGUACCUUCCAGGACCUGGCCAACCUCCGUGAGCUGGCCCUGGCCCGCAAUUCACUCACCUUCCCCCCUCCUCUCCUACCCAGCCAGUCACUGGUCAAACUCAGCCUGCAGGAGAACCAGAUCGACCAGAUCCCUGUGGCGGCCUUUGCUGGCCUAAACAGGCUGGAAAAACUGGAUAUUUCCAGCAACCAGCUUCAGACUCUAACACAGGGUGUGUUUGAUGGCCUGUCGAGCCUAAGGCACCUCAUAGUGCGUAAUAACCCCUGGCGCUGUGACUGUGCAGUGAAAUGGGUGGUGGUGUGGCUCAAGUCUUUGCCUCCCUCCAUCAACGCCCGAGGGUUUGUUUGCCUGAGUCCAGACAAGGUGCGUGGCAUGGCAAUCAGAGAGCUCACGCUGGAUAUUAUCGAGUGCCCGGUUGAUACUGAUCAGCCAUCCUGGCCCACCCUCCGCUCUACACCCCCUCCCCCACCCACCACCACCCCUGUCACCACCAUGAUCUCCACCGUCAUCACCACAUCCAUCCCGUACUACUUUGACUCACCCUCACCUCCCUUACCCCCAGUCCACGCUCCCGGGCCACUGCCUCCCUACGAGGACCCCCUUCAGAUCUCCUUCAAUGUGGUCAACUCCACCAACAUUGAGGUGAGCUGGGAUUCCUAUUUCACCGUCGCGGCCUACAAGGUCACUUGGGUGAAAAGGGGCCAAACCCAGAUAAACGAAGGAAUUCGGGAGCGGACGGUGAGCGGGGGCCGGCGGCAUAUCAGCCUCACCAACCUGGAGCCCCGGUCCGUGUAUCGGAUCUGCGUGCAUGUGUUGGACACCCUUAACUCGUACAGGCCUGGAGAGGAUACUAUAUGCUCCGAGGCCAGGACAAAGCCUGCCUUGUCUACUAGACCUCCUGGCAGGGACCAAGCUCCACAGGAGAGCAUCAACUCCACACUGUUAAUGGCUGGGAUCAUAGGUGGGGCAGUUCUUAUCAUCCUGGUAACGCUGCUCAGCCUGUUCUGCUGGCAUAUGCACAGGAAGAGCCGGUCAUCUUCGACCAAGUGGAAAUACAACCGCGGCAGGAGAAAAGACGACUACUGCGAGGCUGGAACCAAGAAGGAUAACUCCAUUCUGGAGAUGACUGAGACCAGUUUCCAGAUAGUGGCGCUGAACAAUGAGCAGCUGCUCAAGGGAGAUUUCCGCAUUCAGCCCAUCUACACACCCAAUGGGGGCAUUGGAUUUAGAGACUGUCACCUCAGUAACAACAGUAUAGCCUACUGCAAGAGCAGCAACGUGCCCAGUACAGAGUUCUGCCACACGUGAUGCACACGUACAGCAGCAUCUGCCACACGUACAGCAGCAUUGACACACACACACACCUGACAAACUAAACAAUACAUGCAUAAAUACACACGCAUACACCGUUUGUGUAGACAACAAAAACAUUAAAAUUCUAGUGAAAUAUAACUGUACUAUAUAUAUUUCCAAGUUCUGUCUACAAUGUAAUUUAUACUGUGGAUAAUAAUGUGGGAUUCUCUGCUAUCUUUUUUAUUCUUAGAAAAAGAGAUAAAAGUGUUUCUUUUUUUAUAAUCAGCAGGGUUUUGAAAGUUGUUUUAAUGGUCAGUACUGUACAUGAACAUGGAUUUGUACAAUCACGGCACCCUGGGUGUAGCUUCUGAUGAAUGCUGUCAGCCUUGGAAAUGUUGGGUGGGUGGGAGGGUUGGGACGCUUAGAGGGCUGGGAUCCUUUGCUAACCACAGAAGCAAAAUAUGGCCUUUUUGCGCUUUGACACACUGCGAACACUCCCCAGUACAACAGAACAGUGGUAAAGACAACACAGCACAGGGGAAAUCCAAACACUGCUGAUUAGAGCGCUGUGGAAAUAAAGCACUGGUUCAUUGGUGGCAUGUCGCUUAAAAAAAAAAAAAAAAAGAAUUGAAGUGCACUUUCUUAUUAAUGGAAGCAAGGCAGGAAAUGAGCAGAGGUGGUGAUCGCAUGUAAGGGAGUGUGGCUGCUUGUGUAGGGAGAAUGUCAUUGGUGCUGUUGGAAAGCCUGGAUUUAGACUUCCCAAAAGUGCCUUAACACUAAAAGCAUCUUUGUUCUCUUGGUUUACAGUGGAACAAAGGUGGGCUUAGUCGAGAGACGCUUUUGGAAAACUCUGGAAAGGGACGUGUCAUUUUCAGCACGUUUGUUUUUGUAGUGAGGAGGUGCAAUUAUUAACAUGAGCUUAAAAAGCAACAAAGGAUUAUUGUCCCUAAUGAGGCGCAUGGAUGUGCUGAGACACGCAGAUCCUUUUGAAGAAAUUCCCUGAUUUGUUCUGCUUCCUUUCUUUUUGCUUCUUUGCUGAUGCUUUUUGUGGCAAGUGAGGCCACAAGGGGGCAGUUUCCCUCAGCGUCAUGUGUGGGACAGAGGAACACAGGGCAAGACAGAGAGAUCACUUUACUUCCACCAUUCCCCUGGAGUCAAUUACCCAGACAACAUUACUCAUGCCCAAACAGCAUUGUUUAGAGUAUUAUUGCUCAUCGAGCUACUUAAUGAUGUGGAAUCAUUUAAAACUAACGGUGUUUUCUGUGUUUGGUGGCUAGAUGAUAUGGAUUUUCACCCCUGUGGUCUAUAAUGGGGGGAGGCCUCUGGUCCUCUGUGUGUGUGUGUGUGGAGAGCAUGAUGAAUUUUUAGUAGACACACACGCUUAAUGCUAAUUAUACACCCACUUAUUUCAUCCUUGUCCCAGCAUUCAUUAGGCAUUUUGAUAAAUUAGGAAAUUACAACAAUAAGAUCGCACUCCGCCCAUGAUCCUCACAGUGCGCAGUUGUGACUGAGCAGCUCAUCUCACAUCUCAUCAUUUAUCCUUUUGUCUGUGUUUAAGAGGCUGUCUAUUUUGUUUAUGGUUUGCACACCUGAACAAUGCACCUCUCAAUAUUAGUUUCUGCAGUGAUGAUUCGUACCCCGUUCCUCUUUGCUUUCUGCAUCCUUCUGUCCCUGUCUGUCUCACUGUCUCCCUGUCUGUCUCUACACCUCUGACCCCUGCAUGGGCUCAAUUAAAACACUUUCCCUGCCCUUCAGCUCACGGGCUGUGGUGGCUGCCUCUUUGCAUGUGAGGUACCAGUGAGAGGUCUUUAUUAUGCACUUCUUAAGAAGACUUUAUUUGAUUUGACAUCAUUUUAUUUUGAGGGGCCAAGCUUAAAGAGUUCCCACCACCAACCCCUCUGCUCCCCCUCUUUCCCCUUCCCCUUCUCCUCAUAAUCCUCCACCAAAAAAGGGAGAAAAAUAUGUAGACCUUAUUUUCACUUGGCUGCAUGGAGCUCACACUGGGAGUGUGUGUGCAUUAACUCUUUGUGAGGCAGAUUCGGCUGCUUGAACAUGCACAGUAGAGUAUUCAACACGAACUAGGCAGUAAAUUAACAGUUAAAUGAUUUUUAAGGGCUUGUUCUUGAGUUAUCGCAGUGUGGAGAUUAUCUCUGAGAGAUAAUUGGAGUAUCUCUAAAGUAACUGCACUUACUCUAAUUCCAGCAAUAGCUCAGAUCACAAUCCUAUGGAGUUUAAUUUGAGGUGAUGCACAGACGUCUACAGCCCCUUUGUUUAAAAUCUGAUGAGCCAACAUUCUGAACUUUAAAAAACACAGUAAAUUAAUAUUGUCAUAUUAUGUCUUGGUGUUUUUUUUUGUAAUAAGACAACUUCCAUAUUUUUAAACCUUGUGUUUGGGUUUUAUUUCUAUAACAAUCCCUUAGGGCAAAUGGCAGUAUCUUAAAACCACAAAGCUUCUGUUAUUGAGAAAACAUUUAAAGUAAUAGACAUUUUCUGAAAUGUUUUUAUUCACUUUUUGCUGUGACUUAGAUGAGAAAAUUGAUGCCAUUCUCAUGUCUGUAAAUAUGAAGCUACCACUAGCAACCUGUUAGCUUAGCAUAGCAUAAAGACUGGAAAUUGAAGGAAAUAGCAAGCCAAGCAAUGCUAGUAGGUGGAUUUUGUUGCCUUUGGACAGAGCCAUGCUGGCUACACUAGCUGUCUCCUGGCAGCUUCAUAUUUAAAUCUUUUCAUAAGUCUUGGCAAAAAGUGAAUACGCUUUUUGUUGAACUGUUACUUUAAGUGUAAAAAAUUUAUUUGCAUUUCUACAAAAUUAAUGAUUGUAAUGAUUUCAUUCCCAUGCCAGAUAUUAGGUUUUAAGACGAGAUACUUAAAUACAUGACUUGUUUAGAUGGAUUUCUUUUAAUGUUGGGUUUAUUGUUACUGAGCUCUUCUGUGGUUAUCAAAGCAUCUCCACUUUUUAUUUUACUCUUUUUCUACUAAUAUCCACAUAUCAGCACACCCAACACACUGACAUACCAGGUUGCCCUGACCUGCGCUUUGAUAUACCCUGCUUAACAAUCAUCAAGCUAACUGACUGAGCACCUAACCAACCCGCAGUUCAUCAUGUGUGGUUUGUUACAUGCUCUACCAGCUGACCAGAAUCCCCACGCUGAAACACUUGAACAUUUUCAUCAGAUAUUGUUUGGAUUGUUUUUUUUGUUGUUGUUACAGGUGAAAGCCCUAUCUUGUCACAUGCUGACAAGUCAGGUCAAACUAUUGACACAUAUGGUAUCUCCCCUGUCUGUGAAUGUGUAACCAAGACAGAUAUUUGCCUUACCUUUUAUGCAGGACUGAAUGAUUAACUAGAGAGAGUUCUAAGUGGGAGGAGGGAAAGGAGCAGAAAAAGAUGAGACACAAGGAGACAGCAGAACAGAAAGCACAUUUCUCCAACAGACUGCAGCCACAGCAGCAACAAUAACAGUAUUAACAGGGAGGACAACGCUAGGCAUGACACACAGUAGCUAACAAGUGACUGUUCAUCCAUAGUGCCAGACCUAUAGCAGUGCAUGGAUAAUGAUUCAACCAAGACUGGGAAGGAGCUUCGGUGGUUGCUUUGCAGCGUACAUUACUCUUAAUUUUCUACUUGCUUGAUGAAAGAACGCGGCUGCAGCGCCGUGACCAAUGGAAUUACACAAAAUGUAUUACAGACUGCUAGCGUCAGUUUAUUACCGUUUCAGGGUGCCGAGAAGUAAUUUCCCUUAAAGCUCAUUGAUUCACAUUGAAAUAAUUAUGUUUAAUCACUGAGAGGUCAAUGCAGACAAAACACAUGAGAGGUUGAAACUGAAUACGUUUAAAGUCAUCUUUUCUUCCUGUAGGCAAAACCUUCACUGCAAUUAGCUAUUAGCCAGUGACAUUCAUUCAAGGAUUUUUGCAUGUACUGUAUUUAGCUUCGUAGCCUUUCAUUUUUUUGUCAUACCAGGUUUUGGACUUAAAAGAUUUUUUUUUUUUCCAAGCAGUCACUCAGUGGUGGUUGAGAUACAGUAUGAGCAACCAUACAGAAAGGUUCUCAUAUGGUUUUAGAGAAAGUGGGCUGGAAAUUUACAGUGCAUGUAAAACAGCUAUGUUCGGAUACUCUGCCAUCCUGGCUUCUCAUCGAGACACUCGCAGUGUUCCGUUAGCCAUCCACACCAAGACGUUUUCUUAGGAACCAAAGUUAAAAUUUCUGUUCUCAUGAUGAAAUAUUGAUGUUGUUCCAUGUAUGUGCCUUGAGGUUGAACUUACAAUGUAAAGUCCUUGAAACCUUUAAAUGUUUUUGCACAAACUGUAAAUACUUAAGUGAAGCUUUUUGAAAAUAAAAGAGCCAUUGGAUUUGA